GGAGCACCGGCUGCGAGGGGGGGCGGGCACCGGGGGAGCCCUGGCUGGGGGGGGGGGGGCACCGGGGGAGUCCCGGCUGCACGGGAGGGGUGGCACCGGGAAACCCGGCGUCCACGGCCCGGUCACGGUCCCGGCCCCGCAGUCACGUACCCACGGACACCCGGGCACACCCCCCCCCCCCCCCGCCGUGCCCUUCGCCCCGUGUCCGGGAAGCGGGGGCGGGCCCCGAGCCCGGUCCCUGAAUAAGGCCCGGCCCUGCCCCGGCCCGGUGGCACCGGCGGCUCCCGGGGAUGGCGCUGCCGGUGCCCCCCCCUCAGCCGGCCGGGGCCCGGCACUACUACGAGGGCUUCGUGCAGAAGCGGGGGCCGCGGGACAUGGGUUACCGGCGGGUCUGGGCCGGGCUGCGGGGGCCGCUGAUCGCCUUCUAUGCGGUGCCCAGGGACCGCCAGCCCCUGGAGAUGCUGGACCUGAGCGAGCUGGUGGCAGUGCGGGCCGAGGGGGGGGGGCUCGUCCUCCAGAUGCGGGACCAGAAUGUAACGCUGAAGGCGGAGAGCGCGGAGGCGCAGGAGAUGUGGCGGGGAUUCAUCCUGACCAUGGCUAAGAUGAAGGUGCCCUCGGACCUGGUGCUGCUGCCCGGCCACAGGUUCCAGCUGCUGGAGGCCCUGCGCGAGGAGCAGGAGCGCCGCGCCGUCCCCAGGGUCCCGUUGUUUCCCAGCUGCUUCUACAACGUGUCGCGGGGGGAGGCCGAGCAGCUGCUGGAGCGCAGCGCGGGCAGCGGGAACCUGGUGCUGCGCCCCGGGGGGCACGGCCACGGCGUCUCCGUCACCACGCGCCAGAUGCUGAACAACACGGUUCUGAUCAGGCACUACAAGGUGAUCGACCUGGGCCAGGAUUACUGCAUCAGCGUGGACGUGCCGCACUACUGCUCCUCGCUGGCCGAGGUGGUGCAGUACUUCGUGGAGAAGAGCAAGGGCUGCCUGCGGCCCCUGCACUCGGAGUACAACCAGAAGCUGGAGUUUGUGGAAACGGACGGGGAGAACGGCGAGAUGCUGCAGGGGGUGUACGAGCCCCCACCCCCCAGGACCCAGGCACCCGUUCUGCCCGACCCCGAGCCCCCAGCCCCGCAUCGCCCCGUGCUGCAGCCCCCCGAGCAGGGUGAGUCGGGGCAGGUGGGGGGAAACUGA